AUGCAUAUAUUGGUUACCAACGACGACGGUCCUCCGUCAAACCAGUCUUCUCCCUAUGUCCAUUCGCUAGUCCAUUCGCUGCAAGCCGCUGGCCAUACGGUAUCUGUUGUGCUUCCUCAUCAGCAACGGUCAUGGAUUGGCAAAGCACACAUCGUCGGCGCGUCCGUGAAGCCAACCUACUUCCGCCCCGGUACACUGCAUCAGGACGAUGGCACCGUCCACACGCUGCCACGAGGCAGUAGCGAUGAAGAUGGUAGUAGUGACGAUGGCGAUGAAUGGGUUCUGAUUGACUCGACGCCUGCCAGUUGUGUCCAGAUUGGGUUAUACCACUUCUUCCAAGACCGAGGGCCGAUCGACCUGGUCGUCUCGGGACCAAACUAUGGACGUAACACAACCGCUCUCUUUGCGCUGUCGAGUGGCACGAUUGGAGGGGCCAUGGAGGCUGCCGUGUGUGGCAAGAAAGCCAUUGCUUUAUCCUUUGCCUUUAGCUCGAGGAAUCAUGACCCAGUCGUUAUCGCGGAGGCGUCCAAGCAUUCUGCUCGACUCAUCGAACAUCUAUAUUCGAACUGGGAUAACACUGUUGAUUUAUACACGGUAAAUGUACCCUUAGAGCCCGGUGUCAGCGAGAAUAAGGUUCUGUACACUCACAUGCUCGAUAACCGUUGGUCGUCUGGCAGCUGCUUCGAGCCGAUCAGUGCAACGGCCUCCGGGGAGCAACCAGAGCUUCAAGAGCAAGAUCUGCGAGAAAGGGGGGAAGAUGAAUUGACCGGAAUUCCAUCAUCCGAUGCAAAUGCGCUGAAGAAGAGGUCGUUGUUGCAGCAUAAGCAUUUCAAAUGGGCGCCAAACUUUUCCGACGUCUAUCGUAGUGUUGAAGACAACAAGGAUGGGAACGACGGCUGGGUGGUGAAAGAGGGAAUGACAAGUGUUACUCCUCUGAAGGCGAAUUUUAUGCAUACACCCGGUAUCAAGGGAGAGAUUAAGCUAUCAAAUAAGAAGCCCGAGUUCUACUGCAUUCUUAACUAUGAUGAUAAAUAUGUCCAGCCCCUGCUCGAACAACUUUUUCGCCCUCUCGUGGAUCAAGGCAGCUGCCAAAUGCUUCAGUCACUAAGCGAGCUCCCUGGUCCAAACAGCCCGGUGCUGCAGUAUGUUGCGUACGAAGAGAUUGACUUUGAACAUGUUUUGUCUCAUCCAUCAACAUCUUUAUCACACUCAUACGUCAUUCGCAAAGCCCUCAUCAGGAAGCAUUACCUUGCUACGACGAUCGCCAAUUGGAUAUCCAAGUACCCUGAUAGUCUUUUGCGGAAUCAUUUUAAACCUGCAGUGGAUUUCGAAUUAGACUUUUCUGAGUUCUUAGAUGAAGCCUUGCUAGAAGCAUAUGAACUGCGAGAUAGCUUGGAAGCUAAUGAGACAAAGCCAGCACCUGAGCGAGAAUGGUGGAUCUUGAAACCGGGUAUGAGUGAUCGUGGACAGGGGAUUCGUCUUUUCAACAGUGAGGCUCAGCUUCAAGCAAUAUUUGAAGGGUGGGAUGCCAACGAAUCUGAUAUUGAGGGCGAUGACGACCAAGAGAACGCUGGACAUGAUAGUUCAGAUCAAGGAGUUGUGACUUCUCAACUCCGACAUUUCAUCGCCCAGCCGUACAUCCACCCACCUCUUCUUCUACCAUCAUCCUCUGGACGGAAGUUCCAUAUUCGUACUUACGUUCUUGCCGUGGGCUCUCUCAAAGUAUACGUAUUUAAGGAGAUGCUUGCACUGUUUGCGGAAAAGCCCUAUCAAGCCCCAUGGGAGGAAGACGACGAUGUCCGAGACUUGAGCCGACACUUGACCAAUACUUGUCUUCAGGAAAACGGCAGCUCUGCCGAAGGAAGUGUGUGUCGCUAUUGGUCUCUGGAGGAUUCGACCCCGGAAUUGAGUGAAGGCUGGAAGGACCGUGUCUUUGACCAAAUAUGUGCUGUCACAGGUGAGGCGUUUGAGGCUGCGGCUCGGGGAAUGCUCGUCCACUUCCAAACAUUGCCUAAUGCCUUUGAACUGUACGGGCUGGAUUUUCUUGUCGAUGCUGCAGGCCAAGCAUGGCUUUUAGAGGCCAAUGCCUUCCCUGAUUUUGGCCAGACAGGCGAAAAACUUAAAGAGACUGUGGUUGGUCGGCUUUUCGAAGCAACCAUCCAGGUUGCAAUUCGGCCAUUUUUCAAGACGCCUAGCGUUGUUAGUGAGGACCCAGACUUGAGACUGGUUGCAGACCUCAACCUUCGACGAGGCGUUUAG